AAAAAUGGGAUAGUAAAUAGGACCUAUCUCAUAGGGUUGGUAUGAAAGUUAAACAAGAAAAUGCAAGGAAAAUACUUAAAAGAAUGCCCAGCAUAUAGUGUGCCUUUAAUUAAUGGAACAAAUGGAGUUGCACACCUCUAAGUUCAUGUGUACAUUUAUCUGCAGGUCAGGCUUCUGAAAACAUAGUGUGAACCCAAGUCCCAAGGGAGGCUAAGGACUGACAGAGGGCAGCCCGUGGGACGUGGUCCAGGCCCUGGCAGAGUGGGGAUUGGCAGCUGGAAUCACAAAGUUGGAGCCAAAAAAGGGACAUACAGGUCACAGUCACAGCUCCCCAGGAAGGGGCUCUGGACCUGUUGAAGAAGCUGCACAGCUCUCAGAUGACCAUCCAGCUGCUACAGACAACCAGGAUUGGAGUUGCUGUCAAUGGGCUCCGGAAGCACUGCUCAGACAAGGAGGCUGUGUCCUUGGCCAAAGUCCUCAUCAAAAACUGGAAGCGGCUGCUGGACUCCCCAGAACCCCUCAAAGGAGAAAAAAGAAAAGAAAGAGAAAAAGGAAAGAAGAAGGAAAAAGGGCUUCACUGUUCAGAUUGGAAGUCAGAAGGAGACCUUUCUCCACCAAGGAAAAAACGAGAAGAGCCCCAAAACAGGAGAGACUCCGUGGACUCCAAGUCUUCUACCUCCUCCUCUCCAAAAAGACCAUCAAUGGAAAGAUCAAACAGCAGCAAAUCGAAGGCGGAGACCCCCAAAACACCCAGCAGCCCCUUGACUCCCACGUUUGCCCCUUCCAUCUGCCUCCUGGCGCCCUGCUAUCUCACAGGGGACUCUGUCCGGGACAAAUGCGUGGAGAUGCUGUCAGCCGCCUUGAAGGCAGAGGACAAUUAUAAGGACUAUGGUGUCAACUGUGACAAGAUGGCAUCAGAAAUUGAAGAUCAUAUCUACCAAGAGCUCAAGAGCACAGACAUGAAGUACCGGAACCGUGUGCGAAGCCGAAUCAGCAACCUCAAGGACCCCAGGAACCCUGGCCUGAGGCGGAAUGUGCUCAGUGGGGCCAUCUCCGCUGGGCUCAUCGCCAAGAUGACAGCAGAGGAAAUGGCCAGUGAUGAGCUAAGGGAAUUGAGGAAUGCCAUGACCCAGGAGGCCAUCCGUGAACACCAGAUGGCCAAGACUGGUGGCACCACCACUGACCUCUUCCAGUGCAGCAAAUGCAAGAAGAAGAACUGCACCUAUAACCAGGUGCAAACACGGAGCGCUGAUGAGCCCAUGACUACCUUUGUCUUAUGCAAUGAAUGUGGCAAUCGCUGGAAGUUCUGCUGAUGAGACAGCCGGCCAGGAUGACAGUGAACAAAGUGAAGAAGGACAAAGAGGAAGCAUUAAACUGUCUGAACUGAAGAAAAAAAUAAAAACUAAAAUGAAG